AUGUCAUCCAAUGUUGACAAUGAGACUGAUGUGAAGACUACAUCGGGUGUAGUGAGGGGUCAGACAAUACAAGUGCUCAAUACAAAUGUGUAUCAAUUUUUGGGUAUACCUUACGCCGAACCACCGGUGGGUGCGCUUAGUGAGGACUGUUUGGUACUAAACAUAUGGACACCUAAUAUGGGAAACAAUAACUCAUCAAAACCUACACCACUUAAAUCCGUUAUGUUUUGGAUACACGGCGGGGGGUUUAUUUGGGGGUCGAGUGAUAUGUUUAACGGCGGACCAUUGGCUACACAUGAUGUGGUAGUUGUAGCCAUAAAUUAUAGAUUAGGUUACUUUGGUUUCUUAUACGGGGAGAGGGAUGACGUACCUGGAAAUCAGGGCUUAUAUGACCAGUUAUUGGCACUCGAAUGGGUGAGAGAUAAUAUCCACGCGUUUGGUGGGGAUAGGAAUCAGAUCACUAUAUUUGGUGAGAGCGCCGGCAGUUGGUCCGUAUCGGCGCACAUAUUGUCUCCCCUAUCGAAGGGUCUGUUUAAGAGGGCUAUUAUGCAAAGUGGGGCCCAUAUGUAUAAUAAGGACAGGGAUGUGAUCAGUAAAUCUGAAGCGUUGAAAGAAGGCAAACAAAAAGCGAAAGACUUGGGUUGUAGUGAAUCUGAAGAUUGGUUACAGUUUUUACGAAAUGUAAACCCGAGGGAACUGGUGGAUGGCAAUAAACCGGUCACAUUCCCAGUGUUUGGCACUGAGUUUCUGCCCCUUUCAGCACAAAAGGCAUUUCAAACUAAUCAAUUCAACUCAGACAUCGACUUAAUUGCGGGCAUAAACUCAAAUGAGGGGUCAAUGCUAUCGGGUCGACACCUGCCUCCAGUGGAUGAGACCAUGACUAUCGAUCACUUCAAACGAGGGAUACAAACGGUUGACCAUAUGUUUCACGGAUUGGAUACUGAAAAGGUGAUCGACUAUUACCUGAAAGGCAUCGACACAAACAGUUCAUCGGCAGUCAGACGAGCCUUUUAUGAGUUUUACGGCGAUAUAUACAUGAAAUACUCGACAUAUCUUUUCGCCAAAAGCUUUGCUAUAAACACUCAAAAGAGUGAUAAAAAUGUCUACUUUUAUGAGUUGACACAUCAGUGUAAGGCAUUCGCAGAGAUCCUUAAAUGUGGUGAUGAGAUAUCCGGUGCCACACAUGCAAUGGACUUACCGUUUGUUUUUGGUAUGGGUUUCACACCAGAAAUGUCUCACCUGUUCAGUGAUACCGACGCCCAGUUCAGUAGAGAUGUGAUGAGAAUCAAACCGGACGAUAAGUGGCCGCAACUAUUGAGUGCUAAUAAUGUGCCGAAAGUGAAGAAUUUAAAUCCCUCGCCAACUCUACCACCAAUGGAUGACCCGUACGAUCAACAGAAAAUUAAUAUGUCAUCCAAUGUUGACAAUGAUGUGAAAACUACAUCGGGUGUAGUGAGGGGUCAGACAAUACAAGUGCUCAAUACAAAUGUGUAUCAAUUUUUGGGUAUACCUUACGCCGAACCCCCAGUGGGUGCUCUAAGAUUUGCAAAACCACAACCCAUUAAAAAGCCAUCAGAAAGUAUAAUAGACGCUACAAAACCGGGAAACGCAUGCAUACAAAAUAAGUCAUCAUGGUCUGAGAUGGUAAUUCCCAACCAGAGUGAGGACUGUUUGGUACUAAACAUAUGGACAACUAAUGUGGGAAACAAUAGCUCAUCGAAACAAACAUCUCUAAAACCCGUCAUGUUUUGGAUACAUGGAGGGGGUCUUAGUAUUGGUUCGUGUGAUAUGUAUAACGGCGGUCCACUCGCUACCCAUGACGUGGUGUUUGUGGCCAUAAACUAUAGAUUAGCUCACUUUGGCUUCUUAUACGGGGAUCGGGAGGACGCGCCCGGAAAUCAGGGAUUUUAUGACCAAUUAGCUCACUUUGGCUUCUUAUACGGCGAUCGGGAGGACGCGCCCGGAAAUCAGGGAUUUUAUGACCAGUUAUUAGCACUCAAAUGGGUGAGGGAAAAUAUUUACGCAUUUGGUGGGGAUAGGGAUCAGAUCACUAUAUUUGGUGAGAGCGCCGGUAGUUGGUCUGUAUCGGCACUCAUACUCUCUCCCCUAUCAAAGGGUUUAUUCAAGAGGGCUAUUAUGCAAAGUGGAGCCCAUUUGUACAACAAGGACAGGGAUGCUGUCAGUAAAUCCGAAGCCAUAGAAAUAGGCAAAAGUAUAGCAAAAGACUUGGGUUGUAAUGAAUCUGAAGAUUGGGUUCAGUUUUUAAGAAAUGUCGACCCAAAGGAACUGGCUGAAAAGGCUAAACCAUUAACAUUCCCAGUGUUGGGCACUGAGUUCCUACCACUUUCCGCUCAGCAGGCUUUCCAAACAAAUCAAUUCAACUCAGACAUUGACUUAAUUGCGGGCAUAAACUCAAACGAGGGGUCAUUGCUAUCAGCCCUACUCCUACCCCCGAAAGAUGAGGCACUGACUAUCGAUCACUUCAAACGUGGCGUUCAAGUGGCGGACAAAAUGUUUCAUGAAUUGGACGUUCAAAAAGUGGUCGACUAUUACCUGAAAGGCAUCGACACAAGCAAUUCAUCGGCAGUCAGACGAGCCUUUUAUGAGUUUUUCGGUGAUCUCUUCAUGAAAUACCCGACAUAUCUGUUCGCCAAACAGUUUGCUAUAAAUACCCAAAAGAGUGGUAAAAAUGUCUACUUUUAUGAGUUGACACAUCACUGCAAGACAUUCGCUCAGAUGAUUAAAUGUGAUGAUGAGAUAUCGAGUACCGCACACGCCAUGGACUUACCCUUUGUGUUUGGAUGGGGUUUCACACCAGAAAUGGCUCAGAUGUUUAGUGAUACCGACGCCCAGUUUAGUAGAGAUGUCAUGAAAAUGUGGACCAAUUUCGCAAAAUAUGGUAAACCGGACGAUAAAUGGCCGCAACUAUUGAGUGCUAAUAAUGUCCCAAAAGUGAAGAAUUUAAAUCCCGACCCAACUCUACCACCAAUGGAUAACCCGUACGAUCGGACUACAUCGGGUGUAGUGAGGGGUCAGACAAUACAAGUGCUCAAUACAAAUGUGUACCAGUUUUUGGGUAUACCUUACGCCGAACCACCGGUGGGUGAACUUAGGUUUGCCAAACCAGAGCCCAUUAAAAAACCAUUUGAGGGCACAAUAGAUGCCACUAAACCAGGUAACGCAUGUUUGCAAAAAGAGUCAUCAUGGUCAGAGUUGCAAGUUCCCCACCAAAGUGAGGACUGUUUGGUACUAAACAUAUGGUCACCUAAUGCGGGAAACAGUAACUCAUCGAAACCAAUACCACUGAAACCCGUCAUGUUUUGGAUACACGGCGGGGGUCUUAGGAUGGGUUCGUGUGAUAUGUAUAACGGCGGUCCACUCGCUACCCAUGAUGUGGUGUUUGUGUCCAUAAACUAUAGAUUAGCUCACUUUGGCUUCUUAUGCGGGGAUCGGGAGGACGCGCCCGGAAAUCAAGGAUUUUAUGACCAAUUAUUGGCCCUUAAAUGGGUGAGAGAUAAUAUUCAUGCAUUUGGUGGGGAUAGGGAUCAGAUCACUAUAUUUGGUGAGAGCUCCGGCGGUUGGUCCGUAUCGGCACACAUAUUGUCUCCCCUAUCAAAGGGCCUGUUUAAGAGGGCUAUUAUGCAAAGUGGAGCCCAUAUGUAUAAUAAGGACAGGGAUGUUAUCACCAAAUCUGAAGCCAUAGAAAUAGGCAAACACAUCGACUUAAUUGCGGGCAUAACUUCAAACGAGGGGUCAGUCCUAUCAAAUAGCUUUCUACCUCCUAAUGAGGUGACAUUAACUGUUGAUCACUUCAAACAUGGGGUCCAAGUGGCCGAUCAAUUGUAUCACGGAUUGCAUGUUGAAAAAGUGGUCGACUAUUACCUGAAAGGCAUCGACACAAGCAAUUCAUCGGCAGUCAGACGAGCCUUUUAUGAGUUUGUCGGAGACCUACUCAUUAAAUACCCGACAUAUCUGUUCGCCAAACAGUUUGCUAUAAACACUCAAAAGAGUGGUAAAAAUGUCUACUUUUAUGAAUUGACACAUCAGUGUAAGGCAUUCGCAGAGAUCUUUAAAUGUGAUGAUGAGAUAUCCCGUACCGCACACAUUAUGGACUUACCCUUUGUGUUUGGUAUGGGUUUCACACCGGCCAGGGCUCACCUUUUUACUGAUACCGACGCCCAGUUCAGUAGAGAUGUGAUGAGAAUCAAACCGGACGAUAAAUGGCCGCAACUAUUGAGUGCUAAUAAUGUGCCGAAAGUGAAGAAUUUAAAUCCCGCCCCAACUCUACCACCAAUGGAUGACCCGUACGGUCGCACUACAUCGGGUGUAGUGAGGGGUCAGACAAUACAAGUGCUCAAUACAAAUGUGUUUCAAUUUUUGGGUAUACCUUACGCCGAACCCCCAGUGGGUACCCUUAGUGAGGACUGUUUGGUACUAAACAUAUGGACACCUAAUGUGGGAAACAAUGACUCAUCUCUAAAACCAGUCAUGUUUUGGAUACACGGCGGGGGUCUUAGUAAUGGUUCGUGUGAUAUGUAUAACGGCAGUCCACUCGCCACCCAUGAUGUGGUGUUUGUGGCCAUAAACUAUAGAUUAGCUCACUUUGGCUUCUUAUACGGGGAUCGGGAGGACGCGCCCGGAAAUGUGGGUUUUUAUGACCAAUUAUUGGCUCUUAAAUGGGUUAGAGAAAACAUUCAUGCAUUUGGUGGGGAUAGGGAUCAGAUCACUAUAUUUGGUGAGAGCGCCGGCAGUCGGUCCGUAUCGGCACACAUAUUGUCUCCCCUAUCGAAAGGGCUGUUUAAGAGGGCUAUUAUGCAAAGUGGAGCCCAGCUUUUCAACAAAGACAGGGAUAUGAUCACCAAAUCUGAAGCUUUAAAAGAAGGUAAAGAAUUGGCGAAAGACUUGGGUUGUAGUGAAUCUGAAGAUUGGUUACAAUUUUUGCGAAAUGUCGACCCAAAGGAACUGGUGGCUAAGACUAAGCCAUCGACAUCACCAGUAUUUGGCACUGAGUUUCUGCCCCUUUCCGCACAAAAGGCUUUUGAAACCAAUCAAUUCAACUCAGACAUCGACUUAAUUGCGGGCAUAAACUCAAAUGAGGGGUCACUCCUGGCAGUCAAACACUUGCCACCAUUAGUUGAAGUCAUGACUGUUGAUCACUUCAAACAUGGCGUUCAAGUGGCGGACAAAAUGUUUCACGGAUUGGAUGUUCAAAAAGUGGUCGACUAUUACCUGAAAGGCAUCGACACAAGCAAUUCAUCGGCAGUCAGACGAGCCUUUUAUGAGUUUUACGGCGAUAUAUACAUGAAAUACCCGACAUAUCUGUUCGCCAAACAAUUUGCUAUAAAUACACAAAAAAGUGGCAAAAAUGUCUACUUUUAUGAAUUGACACAUCAGUGUAAGGCAUUCGCAGAGAUCUAUAAAUGUGAUGAUGAGAUAUCCCGUACCGCACACAUUAUGGACUUACCCUUUGUGUUUGGUAUGGGUUUCACACCGGCCAGGGCACACCUUUUUACUGAUACCGACGCCCAGUUCAGUAGAGAUACUACAUCGGGUGUAGUGAGGGGUCAGACAAUACAAGUGCUCAAUACAAAUGUGUACCAGUUUUUGGGUAUACCUUAUGCCGAACCACCGGUGGGUGCGCUUAGGUUUGCAAAACCACAACCCAUUGAAAAGCCUUUAGAAGGUAUAAUAGAUGCAACUAAAUUUGGCAAUGGGUGUAUGCAAAAAGGAUCAGGGUAUACGGGAAUGAGUUCACCCAAAAUUCAAAGUGAGGACUGUUUGGUACUAAACAUAUGUACACCUAAUGUGCGAAACAAUGAUCAGUCAUCCGAAGCACCGGCACUAAAACCAGUCAUGUUUUGGAUUCACGGCGGGGGUCUGAGUUGGGGGUCGAGUGAUAUAUUAGCUCACUUUGGCUUCUUAUACGGGGAACGGGAGGACGCGCCUGGAAAUCAAGGUUUUUAUGACCAGUUAUUGGCUCUUAAAUGGGUUAGAGAAAACAUCCAUGCAUUUGGUGGGGAUAGGGAUGAGAUCACUAUAUUUGGUGAGAGCGCCGGCAGUUGGUCCGUAUCGGCUCACAUAUUGUCUCCCCUAUCAAAAGGACUGUUUAAGAGGGCUAUUAUGCAAAGCGGAGCUCAACUUUUCAACAAAGACAGGCAUAUGAUCACCAAAUCUGAAGCUUUAAAAGAAGGUAAAGAAUUAGCGAAAGACUUGGGUUGUAGUGAAUCUGAAGAUUGGUUACAGUUUUUGCGAAAUGUCGACCCAAAGGAAUUGGUGGCUAAGACUAAACCAUCGACACCUCCAGUAUUUGGCACUGAGUUUCUGCCCCUUUCCGCACAAAAGGCUUUUGAAACCAAUCAAUUCAAUUCAGACAUCGACUUAAUUGCGGGCAUAAACUCAAAUGAGGGGUCACUCCUGGCAGUCAAACACUUGCCACCAUUAGAUGAAGUCAUGUCUGUUGAUCACUUCAAACAUGGCGUUCAAGUGGGGGACAAAAUGUUUCAUGAAUUGGACGUUCAAAAAGUGGUCGACUAUUACCUGAAAGGUGUCGACACAAAAAGUUCAUCGGCAGUCAGACGAGCCUUUUAUGAGUUUUACGGCGAUAUAUACAUGAAAUACCCGACAUAUCUAUUCGCCAAACAGUUUGCUAUAAAUACACAAAAAAGUGGCAAAAAUGUCUACUUUUAUGAGUUGACAUAUCAGAGUAAGGCAUUCGCAGAUAUUUUUAAAUGUGGUGAUGAGAUGUCGAGUGUCGCACACGGGAUGGAUAUACCCAUUGUAUUUGGAUGGGGUUUAACCCCAUGGCAUGGCAUGGUUCACCUGUUCAGUGAUACCGACGCCCAGUUCAGUAGAGAUGUGAUGAGAAUUAAGCCGGGCGAUAAAUGGCCGCAAUUGUUAGGUGACAAUAAUGUGCCGAAAGUGAAGAAUUUAAAUCCCUCGCCAACUCUACCACCAAUGGAUGAC